AUGUAUCGGUCGACAAAAGGAGCAUCGAAGGCUCGGAGGGAUCAAAUCAACGCAGAGAUUCGGAACAUCAAGGAACUGUUGCCCAUCUCCGAUUCGGACAAAGCUCGACUCUCCUACCUACACAUCAUGUCACUUGCCUGCAUGUACACCAGAAAGUCUGUAUUCUUCUCUCAAGACGCUCUUCAAGACGAGACCAUGGACUUCAUGUUGUUUCACGAGCUGUCAGGGCUGAUGUACGAAUUGUCAGGUUUCAUGAUACUCCUAACAAGCGAUGGAAAACUUAUGUAUCUAUCUGACAACGUCGCAGACCACCUCGGCCAUUGUAUGGUGGACCUGGUUGCCCAGAGUGAUCGUGUAUAUGAUAUAAUUGAUCCUAGGGACCACUUUGUCAUGAGGAGCAACCUUGCAGGUCUACCGAUGACCACUACUGACACAGACAGGUUAUUUAGAUGUCGCUUCAAUACUACAAAGUUCAUCCGGCGGCAGGGUGCGGAGAACAAGUUGAUGCUAGUCAGAGCUCGAUGCCUCACCCCACCUUGCCCUGUCUCUGCAUACUGGAACUCCAACCCAGUAUGGGUGUGUUUCUGUACCCCUCUGAAGACAAAAACGCCUUACCUUACAAUCGCCAAGAGUGGCCCGCUCACCCCACCCCCUGAGCAGUCCAUCCUGCUGGCUUGUUUCCACUCUCAACACCACAGGGACAUGAGGCUUUGGGAUGCCCAGGACAGUGUGAGUGUGUACCUAGGCUACGAUGUGGAUUCUCUACGCUCUCGCUCCUGGUACAGCCUGGUCCAUCCCAGGGAUCUCUCCCAUGCUUCUACACAGCACUGUCUCCUAUUGAGUGAAGGAGGGGAGAGGCAGGUGGAGAUGGUGGUGCAGGUGGAGGCAGCAGACCACUCAUGGGUCUGGCUCUAUAUGGUCCUCCAGCUGAACAACGAAGAAAACCCCAUCAGCUGCCACAACUACGUCAUCAGUGAGUCAGAGGCGUGGUCAAUACGCCAGCAGCUGUGUUUGGAGCAGAACCAGUUCCCUGGGUAUUUGGGUUCUGGUGAGAGCCUGUCCAGUCCAAAUCAGGUCUUCACCCCCAGUAGAAGUGACCUGUCAGCCCAGUCCUUUGACUUCGGCACUGCCACGUCUGGUGUGAGCUCUUGUGAGGAGCCCAUGCAGCCAGUUGGUUAUGGUCCUCGCUCCAGCCUGUCGUCUCUGGAUGAAGAGAACUUCCCCCAGACACAUGGAGGACAACACCAGUGGAAAAUAAAGACCAGCCAUCUCUCUGUUGGACCAACCACUCCUGCCUCACUGACUGACCCUGAGUCUGAUAUUCUGACUCAGAGAAUUACCUCUCACCUAACCAAUAUGUCAGAACCCCUCCCCUCCUCCCUCACCAAGCCCCUCGCCCCUCUUACUAUGCCCCACCCUCAACAGAUGGGGGAGUUUGCAUGCACUCCCCCGUACACCCCUCAUCUUGCUAGUGGCAGUUUUCCUUUUGUGGAGAAACUGCAACUCAGUUUAGAUCCUUUCAAUGCAGCUGUGUCAUGCCCAAUGGUCCAUGCGGUUAUUAACUCAGCACAUAGAGCACCAGGCUUCUCCCAGGCCCUCUCUUCUGAGCAUCCUCAGGUACUCUUCCCGGCAGAGCCCCAUAGAAAGCUGCCCCCUACCACCAAUAGUUUUGGGGGAGAUGAAUGCUCAAUCAUGGGCUUGCCACAGAUUAGUGGUCCCUUGUAUGUGGAUGUUCCCCACAGGCCCUUCCGUGGCCCUCUGAAUGAGCUCCUCCUAACUCCAGAGGCUUCCCCCACACACCCGUCCUGCUCUUUCUUCUCCAUGGAGAGAGAGCAGGAGCGAGAGAGGGAGGAAAUUUCUCUCUUGGCUAAAUAUAUUAGCUCUUUAGCUGAGGGAUUCUAUUGUGACCCUCUUCUCCCCAGAGUAACCCCAUCCACCUUCUCGUCUUCACCCAGCCUUCAGGCCACAUCCCAGAAUUCCUCUCCUCCUUGCGGAGGUGAGUGCCAGCCCUGGAUGGGGCUAGACCCGCCCCUUAGCCGAGAGGAUAUCUCUCUGUAUGAGGAGAGUAUGGCUCUAGAGAGCCUCAUUGAGGAGGUCUCAACUUUCCCUUUGUCCCCCUCUUCAUGUUACUCUCCCCCCCCUUCCUCCUUUAACUCCUCCCUGCCAUGCUUGCCACUCACCCCAGUGAGCAGGUGUAACCCCAGCCUCUUCAAGGGUGAAUCUUCAAUUGGAGUAAACCACUUCUGUAGCGUCCAAUCGACGCAGUGUAACUGCAUGGCAGUGGGUGGAGCUAUGAUGGCAGGGACUAAAAGAGACAUGGUGGAGUCAUCAGAGAGUGAGAUAGAUACGAACGUGUCAGUGGAGCCUCCAUCAUCAAUACCAUCGUCAGCCAUCGCUCUCACAGCCUUCCAGGAGUGUGCCCCUGCCUUGGUCCAUCCAGCCCCCACCAUCAGUUUGCCCCAUGCCCAGUCCCUUCUGGAGGAACUGGAUGCCAUGGAACCUCUGUUUGAGGCAGAUGCCUCUUUCACCCUGUCUUGGGGUGACAACCUGAGUUGUAUCAACUCCCACUCAACCAUGCACUCACAAAGCUUCCACCAAGAUGGAAGCCUGCGUGACCCUCCGUCCUAA